CCGAGGUGGAGGAAGCACGGAUCUACCUGUGUCAUCUCACCUGGAAAAAAGAAAGUGAAGAAGUGAAAGAGAACUGAAAGAAAGAAAAAAAAGGAAAGAAAAAGAAAGAUAAUCACAAUCAGAAGCAGAAACCAAAGGAGAGAAAGAAGAGAACAAAGAGGAAAGAGGACAUUGACACGUUAUAAUUAAGAAAGAAAAUAUAUGUACGAUAAUUCUUGAACUUCGAACUCACUGUGGGAAAGAUAUAGAAAACGAAAGACAGAACAAUACAAGCAACGAAAGAGAUACAAAGAGAAACAGAAAAAUACGAAGACGGGAAGAAAGAACAGAGAAAAUAGACAGACAAAGAAAGAGAAAUGUAGAAAAGAAAGACAGAAAAUAGAAAGAACGACAGAAAUACAGAGAGAAAGAUAGAUACAAUAAAAAGACAAAGGAAAGAAAAAAAGCAUAGAAAAACAUACAGAAAAUAGACAAUUAUUGAAAAAUAAAGAAAAAAUAACCAGAAACUACAGAAAUACAAAAAAAGAUAAAAAGAUACAAAGACAACGAUAUUAAAGAAAGACAGAGAGGAAAAAUAAAUUACAAAACGACAUAAACAGUUCUAAACCCAAAAACAUAAACCGCGGUGUGACUAAACCUGGUCUCACAAGUGCCGACAUAAAACUAAUGGUAUAAUAACCCGUGAAAAUCCGAACUAAUGAAUUAACGUGUUCUUAUGUAUUUUUUUUACCUGAGAACAAUGACGUGGUUUAAUUGUGUACCUGUGUGUGUAGCCUAAAGCCCACACAAACACACACACGUACACACACAUACACCUGCGAUUUCGCGUACACAUACCUGCCCAUUCACACCUGUCGACGCGCGGUUUAAGAGUGACAGGUGUGCAAGAGUCCAGGUGAGGAAGAUUAAAGAGGUUUUGAAGAGGAAUGAAGAGGAUGAAGCUGUUCUCCACUAGUCGCCUCCUCCUCCUCUUCCUCCUCCUCUUCCUCCUCCUCCUCGUCAUGGUCAAAGGAGCAGCGAAUGAUGAGGCAGACGGAGCCGAAGGGGAGGAAGAGAACACACACGAACUCCAGGCACAGGAGACAAAUGAUGAGGAGUUAGAAGAGGCUCAGAAUGUUGAAGAACCUUUGCCCUUCUCCGUGGAUGCUGAAGAGGUAAAACAGGAUUCUGAAGUAGGUAUGAAUAGUUACCUUGACGACUCUGUUAAGAACUCUCAUCUUGGAGGCUUCGAGGAAUCUGAAGGAGACUCGGAGGGGGGCUUUCUACAGGAUGAGCUGAAGGACUUGUUGAAGGAUGGCUCUCCAGCAGCCUUUGAUAACGGACUGACGGAAGGCAAUGAGGUUGACGCAGGAGACCAGGAUCCUGUAGGAGACGCCAUCUUGGAAUUUAUCGACUCCUUCAUAGAGGAUCCCGUCGAACCCGUUCAUUCUAAAUCUGCUGAUGUUGACGAGCGCAAACAACAAGCCGCAAGGAAUUACCAUGACGAAGUAGUGGCCAACCUCACGCGACUCAGGACACCGGAGGUGGGGGAGGAGGGGGAGAGUGUGGAGGUGGUGAGCUGUGGUGGGUUUAUUACUCUAAGCCACGACUUGCAGCAGGUCAUCACCACACCGGGCUUCCCUGCACCAUACCCCGCCAACGUGCAGUGCGUGUGGACCAUCGUGGCGCAGCUAGGGACAGACUCCGAUCAGGUGCACCUCUGGAUAGCUGAGUUUGAGUUGGAGGAGGGCAGCUGCCGGGCCGACUCGCUGCGGAUCGUCGACAACCUGGUGGGGUCGUCCAUCGAGUUCUGCGGCACCAAUAACCACCGCUGGGUCACGUCUCGAGGCAACUCUCUUACGCUGACCUUCACCAGCGACGCCACCGUCCAACGCAGGGGCUUCCUCAUCAGGGUGUUUGGCAUCAGGUCCACCUGCGGCGGGGUGAUCCAGACGCUGGGCCAGAGCCACUCCGUCCAUUCCACCCCCAACUACCCCUUGCCGUACCCUGUGGCUUCACGCUGCCACUGGCUAGUUCUCGCCAAGUCGGAGAUGGCCUUGAGUCUGGUGGGCCACCACGGGGACCCCGAGAAGCAAGGGGCGCUGAGGAUUUCCACGGAACCUUUCGGGGAGUACGAGGUUUUUGACCCCUCCAAGGUGUACCUGUCUGACAUAUUUUCCUUCACGUUCACCGCCAGCCCUAACAAGGUGGAGGACUCGCAGCGGCCUGGCCUGCAGUUCCAGUUGGUCCCCACAGUUCGCGCGACCACCUGCAACACGACGGUGACGGUGAAAAACGACUCGGCUGCCGUCAUCGCUUCUAGCAAGUACCCGCAUGGCUACGAGCGGUACGAGAAGUGCUGGUGGACGCUGCGCUACGAGGUUAGUGAAGAGUACCGGGCGACUCUCCACUUUGUUGACUUUGACAUGGAAAAUGGGAGGAAGUGUUUCUACGAUUAUCUUGAGAUCAUCGACAAGCGACUUACGGCGGCGGAGCGGCUGUGUGGGGAGAAGAGCGGCUUCGAGUACGCCACGGACAGCCGGGAGCUGCUCCUGUACUUCCAGAGCGACGCUUACAACAUGGCCUCUCACCGCGGCUUCCUCCUGCUGGGGGCGACGGAGCGGAUCAGGAAGAACGAGUGCACGGUGCACAGGAGCAACAACGUCACGGUGGUGUUCAGCUCACCGCCGUCGCGCCCCCAAGAACCAACUUACUCCAUCUGUAACUACACCUUUAGUACGCCUGCCGGAGGCCGCUUCGCCGUCCGCUUUAUCCACUUUUCGAUGGAGAGGAGCCAGAACUGUGCGAAGGGGAGCCACCUGGCUGUCGAGGAAUCAGGCGUUAGAAAGAGGGAGUAUUAUUGUGGCGAGAAGACCGGAGUGUCCUUCCUCACCGCCGGCAACCUCCUGACCCUUCACUACUACUCCAACGAUAACGACCCGACACAGCGAGUGCAGGUUGAAAUUAGGGAAGUACACGACACCGGUUGUGGAGGGAACCACGUGCUGCGGCCCGGCCAGACGGUGGAUCUGCGCACGCCUAGUAGAGGCCCUCUGGAGAGAGACUGUGUGUGGGUCGUGCGAGGCCGUGAGAGCCUCCUCCUCCUUUCCUUCAAGAACGUGAGGACGGAGGUGAAGGUGUCACAGACAGGGCUAUACAGCAACACUUUCACCUACGGCCCCAGGACGCUACAUUUCAUCGACCCGUCUGAGAACUACAUGAUCCUGUCCAGGGAGGAAGGGGUCACCAUCACCGUCACUGCGUACGCUAUUUUUUCCCACUGUGGCUCCAUCCUCAGACUGGGGAGUAGCCCGGUCAUCGUCACCAAUCUGGGGGUGGCACCGUGUUCCCAGAUUAUCACGACCUUGGGCGCAGAGCGAGUGACUUCCGUGUCCUCCAUCCAGUAUACCUUGCUCUCCGCCGGCCAGCCAGACACGUGCUCCCUGGAGGUGAUUGACAAAGAGGAAGGCGUCGUGAUCGAGCUCUGUAGUGAUGACUGGAAGCGUCAAUACGAGACCUCAAGUACGAGGCUGAAGAUAAACGCCAUCGAGAGCAGCAGCAACAGCGAGCCUGACCACAGCUACUUGGUUCUCGUGGCUGCCGUCACCACCUCCUGCGGCGACACCUUCGACGUCAAGGACAGAGUCGUCGUGGUGAAGAGCCGGAACAUGGAGAAGAACGCCACGUGUGUGUAUCGAUUCGUAGGCGACAGGACGAGAAUGGUUCUUGACGUGGCCACGAGCUCCAGGCGAGCGUUGUCCUACCUCAGCGUGUCCUCCGACGGGUACCAUCAAACGCUGAAGGACUUGUCUCUCCUCGCCACGACUUCCAUCGAGACGACUCGGGAAUUCCUGGUGGUCGUGCGUCCCUUCCCGAAGAGUGUCAGCUUCGUGAUCCAGGUGACGCGGGUGUCGCGAGUGUUCUCUCCCUGCGACACCUGCAUCAUCCUCGAGCGGGGGGACCAGGGCAUCGUUACGUCCCCACACUCACCUGACCUGCCCACCUACCCGGGACACCUGUUCUGCAACGUCAAGUUCGAGGCCGAGGACCGCAACAGGAGCGUCGUGUUAGAGGUGCAGGAGCUCGACCUCCCGAGGAACACUUCGUUGGACGCCCUGAGUGUGCUGAAGGACGGAGUGGCGACAGUCAUCAGCCCCUCAAGGGUGGCGGCGCUGCCCUUCACGCUGGUGCUGGACACGCCCUUCAUUCUCAGGUUCAAAACGACAACGCAUAAUGAGUUCGAGGGUUACAGGAUCCACUACGACGCCAAUGACUGCGGUGGGACUGUAACCCUGACCGAGGACUGGCCCGUCACCAUCCGCUCGCCGGCGUCCUGGGGUCUGUACCCAACGUACACCCGCUGCGUGUGGUUCGUCGAGGCCAACGCGCUUAGCAUUAGCGACAGGAUCAAGCUCAAGGUCGUCAAAUUCGACGUGGACGAGUCGGACUUUGUGGAGGUGUUUGAUCCACUUCAGUCCAGCGCCCCUGUGGCCAUACUCAGGGGCGCCGCAGCCGAGGGUGUAACCGUGAGGAGCAUCGGACACCAGCUGAGGGUCGUGUUCUGGUCUGACUCCCGUCGCGUGAGCUCCGGCUUCGUGCUAAAGGUGCGAGCCGUCGUGUCGGGCUGCGGCGGCGACAUAGACACAGGCCUCGCGGCAGAGGGAACCAUCUCGACACACAGUUACUUCCCGGACAACGAGUACUGCUUGUUUCGCCUCAGGCCCACCCAGGGACACGUGGUGUCCCUCACGCCCAUUGAGGACACCAACAGCAAUGACGAGGACAAGAAGCUUUCUGAAGGAAGCGAGGGGUAUGAGGGAGAGUCUGAGGAGGAGGGAGAAGAGGAGGAGCCUGUGUGGGUGGACGGCAAGUGUCGUAAAGGCAAAGUCGUGGUGUCUACAAGCGGCGUGUUGAGGGACGGCGUCCGGUACUGUGUGGGCGAGGCCAUCCCAACCGUGCACUCCACCAACGACGUCUUGCUGCUUGUGGAGGCACCGCCCAUCCCGCCCAUCUCAUUUGCAUAUCGCGUGGGUGGGUGUGGCGGGGAGAUGGUGGGCGCGGUUGGUCAACUCACGUCACCCAACCACCCCGAGCCUUUCAUCGGCCCGCUCACCUGCGUCUGGACCUCCCGCGUCUGCCUCCUGGUCACCGUCACCCACCUGGACCUGGACCCUCACCUUGACCGCCUCCUCCUAAGUGACCCCACGCGCGCCACCACCCUCACCGGCACCAAACGCCUGCGACGCGUCCUCGAGGCACCGGGCAGCGUCACCUUUACGGGAGGAAGCGUCGGGGUGCGAACCGGAUUCCACCUGCAUUACGAGUGCGUGUCGCUGCAGAAGACGUGGCAGGUGACCGCUGGGAGCCCCGCCGUGAUCCUGGGGUGGCACAGCGGCCCCUCCGAGCCCAGGGUGUGGCAGGUGACUGCAGGGGAGCCUGCGCGGGGCCUCGUAGUACGUGUGUGGGGUGCCUACAUACCUGGGGGCCCGACCUGCGAGAAGGAGUACCUGCAGGUGACUGGGACGGAGGGCGAGGGGGAGAGGGUGUGCGGGGGGGCGGUCCUACGCACGCUACACCUGUACACAGAGGAACUGACGCUGCUCCUCCACACCUCCUCCACGCUGGCGGGGUUCGCGGCCACCGUGCACCUCAUGGCGUGAUGAAGGGAAGGGUUGUGUGCGUGUGUGUGUGUGUGUGUGUGUGUGUGUGUGUGUGUGUGAGAGUGGGUGUGGGUGUGUUUCCUAUUUGUUAAUUGUUAUGAAUAUUGUUACUGUUAUAUUAUUAUUUUUAUAUGGAGGCUUUAUCUUGUUGUUAACUUAUUUCUUAAUGUAAAGUAUUAACGAUAGAAUUAUUCUAUGUAUAUGUUUCCAGGCUUCAAUGUAUGUGAAAGUU